AGUUCCAACACCAACCAUGAAGCUCUCAAUUUCACUCACCAUCCUCCUCCUACUAUUCUCAAGCACCCUACUAGUCCAAUCUCAACAACAUAGUUCAACACUCCAAGUGUUCCAUGUGAAACCACCAAAGCCACUCUCAUGGCAAGACACUGUGCUCCAAAUGCAAGCCAAAGAUGAAGGCAGACUUCAAUACCUAACUAGUCUUGUGGCAGGCAGGUCUGUUGUCCCAAUUGCCUCAGGCAGGCAGAUCAUUCAGAGCCCUACUUACAUUGUUAGGGCUAAAAUUGGAAAUCCACCUCAGACAUUGCUUUUGGCUAUGGAUACUAGCAAUGAUGUUGCUUGGAUUCCUUGCACUUCUUGUGAUGGAUGUUCUUCCACUUUGUUUGCUCCUCUUGGAUCUACCACAUUUAGAAAUGUUACUUGUGGCUCUCCUCAGUGCUAUCAGGUACCCAAUCCCAGUUGCAGUGGAAGCGCGUGCUCUUUCAACUUAACGUAUGGAAGUUCAUCUAUUGCAGCUAACUUAGCCCAAGACACAAUUACCCUUGCCACUGACCCAAUUCCAAGCUACACUUUCGGUUGUGUUUCCAAGACUACUGGGCCUUCCACCCCACCACAGGGAUUAUUGGGCCUGGGCCGUGGCCCAUUAUCACUUUUGUCACAAACCCAAAACCUUUACCAGUCUACAUUCUCUUACUGUUUGCCAAGCUUUAAGUCCCUUAACUUUUCUGGCUCAUUGAGACUUGGGCCUGUUGCUCAGCCCAUUAGGAUCAAGUUCACUCCUCUUCUCAAAAAUCCAAGAAGAUCAUCACUCUACUAUGUUAAUUUGGUUGCUAUUAGGGUUGGCCGGAGAGUUGUUAAUAUUCCUCCGGCGGCUUUGGCGUUCAACCCGACCACCGGAGCCGGCACCAUCUUUGAUUCUGGUACGGUGUUCACCCGGCUAGUUUCGCCGGCCUACGUGGCGGUGCGAGAUGAAUUCCGGAGAAGAGUUGGAGCGAACCUGACCGUGACAAGUUUAGGAGGAUUCGACACAUGUUACACGGUCCCAAUAGUUGCACCCACAAUAACGUUCAUGUUUUCUGGCAUGAACGUGACAUUGCCACAGGACAACAUUCUCAUACAUAGCACCGCCGGAAGCACGACAUGCUUGGCCAUGGCGGCCGCGCCGGAUAACGUGAACUCGGUGCUGAAUGUGAUAGCCAACAUGCAACAACAAAACCACCGUGUGCUCUUUGACAUCCCCAACUCAAGGCUUGGUGUUGCUCGUGAGCUUUGCACCAAAUAGAUAAUAAUGGUUCCUUUUUCUGUGUUCAAGAAUUGCAUUGUCAUGAAUAAUAAUAGUCUUGUUUGUCAAAUUGGCACCAGAAAUUUGUUUUUGGGUGAUGGAUUUUAAGGGUUUAAUUAGGCAUAUUAAGUAAGCUAAGGUUUUCUUGUUGACUAUGUAGUACAAGAUUUUGAGCUGCAAUACUGUAUGGAACUAUUAUUAUUAUUUUAUUAAAAAUUAUUAUGUUUUGGACA